UCUGGGCUUUUACUAGGUGGACGAUUGUGUCGUUUAGUGAUGACGUUAAUGACGUCUAAUGUCAGCUACAGGGAUAAAAAAGAUACAACACCAAGCCUAUGAAUGAAGGAACCAACGUUUAAGUUCUGAUUGGGUUCUGCUAAAGCAGACUCUGAUUGAGCUUUACCAACGUAAUGUUUCCCUUGAAGGAUGCCCACCUUGGAGCACACACUUUCUUUGCUUCAGCUCUGCCACAUGAUGUAUGUGGAAGCAAUGGGCUUCCUCUCACUCCAAACUCUAUCAGGAUACUUGGUCGUUUCCAGAUCCUAAAGACUGUUAUUCACCCCAGGCUCUGCCAAUAUGUUGACAUAUCUAGAGGAAAACACGAAAGACUAGUGGUUGUUGCUGAACAUUAUGAAAACUGCCUUGAGGAUCUGCUCAAACAGAGGGAGCCUGUGAGUCAUCUGAAGGUACUCCAUAUAGCCUAUCAAGUAUUAGAAGGACUGGAAUACAUGAAUAAACAUGGGAUGGUUCAUCGGGCAUUAGGAUUAAGAAAUAUCCUCCUUGAUCGAUUGGGCUCUGUAAAACUAGCCAAAUUUGGUCUUUACCACAUGACAGACCAUGGAGAAGAUGUUGAUUUUCCUAUUGGGUACCCCUCUUAUUUGGCUCCAGAGGUCAUUGCACAAGGAUUUGUCCAUUCUAAUGACCCCACAUAUAGUGAAAAGCCUCCUCCUUCUAGUCCCAAAGUGGAUGUAUGGUCUCUUGGAAUGAUCCUUUUUGAGCUCUGUGUGGGAAGAAGACUAUUACAAAAUAUUGAAAUAAGUGAAAAACUGAAGUUCAUUUUGACACUUGGUUAUAUCGAUGAUAUUGUGACAGUUCUUGCAGAAGAACAUGGCUGCUUGGAGCUAAUUAAGGAGCUUCCAGGAAGUGUCCUUAAUUUACUGAAGAAGUGUCUUACAUUCCUUCCAAGCAAAAGAUUAACUCCUGCAGAGCUACUGAUUGACAUGUUGUUUGUUGAAAUAGCCCCGCUAUACAAGCCUUUUCAAAAGCCUGUUGGUCUCUUCUCAUCUUCCUUGCGCUGCAUGGAUUUAAAUCUCCCAGAGGAUAUUGGCGAGCUUUGCAAAGAAGAGGAAGAAGAUUGCCUGACAGAGCGAUCAAUUGAUGAAGUUUAUUAUUUGUGGUGCCUUGCUGGAGGAGAUUUAGAAAAAGAGCUUACUAAUAAAGGAAUCAUUCAGUCCAAGCCUCCUGUUUGCACACUGCCAAAUUUUCUUUUAGAAGAUGGAGAGGUCUUUGGCCAAGGACGUGACAGAAGUUUCCUUUUGGAUGACACAACUGUAACAUUAUCACUGUGCCAACUUAAAAAUAGGCUGAAAGAUGUAUCUGGCGAGGCAUACUAUCCUCUAUUAGAGGAUGAACAAUCAAAUUUACCCCAGUCAAAUAACACCAAUGAAUUAACUGCUGCUGUUAACCUUCCUCUGAUCAUCCGGGAGAGGGACACAGAAUAUCAGCUUCAUAGAAUUAUUCUUUUUGACAGACUUUUGAAGGCAUACCCUUUCAAAAAGAAUCAGAUCUGGAAGGAAGCAAGAAUCGAUAUACCCCCUCUUUUAAGAGGCUUAACCUGGGCUGCACUUCUUGGCAUUGAGGGUGACAUCCAAGCUAAGUAUGAUGCUAUUGAUAAGGACACUCCAAUACCAACUGAUAGACAGAUUGAAGUGGAUAUUCCAAGAUGUCACCAGUAUGAUGAGCUACUUUCAUCUCCUGAAGGUCAUGCGAAGUUCCGACGAGUGUUAAAAGCAUGGGUAGUAUCUCAUCCAGAUCUGGUAUACUGGCAAGGUCUUGAUUCUUUGUGUGCUCCGUUUUUGUACUUGAACUUUAACAAUGAAGCUUUGGCAUAUGCAUGUAUGUCAUCUUUUAUUCCAAAAUACCUUUAUAACUUCUUUCUGAAGGACAACUCACAUGUAAUUCAAGAGUACUUAACUGUGUUUUCACAAAUGAUAGCCUUCCAUGACCCAGAGCUGAGUAAUCAUCUAAAUGAGAUUGGCUUCAUACCAGAUCUAUAUGCCAUUCCUUGGUUCCUUACCAUGUUUACACAUGUGUUUCCUUUGCACAAGAUUUUCCAUCUGUGGGACACACUCCUUCUGGGCAAUUCAUCUUUCCCAUUUUGCAUUGGUGUAGCCAUUCUUCAGCAACUAAGAGAUCGCUUACUCGCUAAUGGAUUUAAUGAAUGCAUUCUCCUGUUUUCUGAUUUACCAGAAAUUGACAUUGAAAGAUGUGUAAGAGAAUCCAUCAACCUUUUCUGCUGGACUCCUAAAAGUGCCACUUACAGGCAGCAUGCCCAGACCCCAAAACCACCUAGUGAUAACAAUGGCUUUAACAAGUCAUCCUACUUCUCUGCAGACUAUCAGGAUUUGCCAAAAACUGACUUGUCUCGGGAACCUAUUAAGCUAAGUGAGCUGAAGGCUGAAGUGACACCUCGCAUUUCAGCAGAAGAUUUAAUAGAUCUCUGUGAGCUGUCCAGUUUAAGCCACCUUAAGACACCUACUAAGAAGACCAAGUCCGGCAAGCCGAAGAUACUAGUGGUUGAUAUUCGUAAUUCUGAAGACUUCAAUCGAGGUCACAUAUCAGGGAGCAUAAACAUUCCAUACAGCACAGCCUUUGGACAAGACAGAGAACUGAUCCAGUGUCCUAACACUGCUACACUCCAGAGUUUCAAGGGCAGAGUCAUAGUGGUUGUCAGCCAGGCAAUGAAGAGUGCAGCAAUUUUUGCUGAGCACCUGGUGAAACUGAAGUAUCCACGUGUCUGCAUUCUCGAUGGAGGGAUCAACAAAAUGAAGCCAACAGGUCUACUUACUGUUCUCUCCCCCCAGAUCUGAGCUUGGGGGGGUCUGUUACUGCAUUCCCUGUCCAGACCUGGCCAGGCUUCACAAUGCAGAGCAGAAGACUUUCCCAAGAUGCUUUAUCUGUGAAUAUCCUUAUAUGUCCCUUAUGGUGCAGUAACGUCACUGAUCUCUUUUUGGUGGAAAUUCACCAUUUUUCACAUCUUUUUAAAGAAUGACACAACACCUUUCUUUCUUUCUUUCUUUCUUUCUUAGAAGGGGAUGAUAACUGAUAACAGUUGCCCAAUGUUCACUAAAGACCCCAAGGAAGCAAAUUUUCAGCACCAGCUUUUCACCCUUAAUCUAUAUAUAAUACCAGAUUAAAGUGAACAAGGAAAGAAUUUUGUUUAAACCCUGUCUUCAACAAGACAUUAGUAAGAGUGAAAUCUGCCAAAAUAGUUGACUUUACUUUUUUUUUUUAACAUAUGAAAUUGUUUCAGAUGAGUACUGUGUGAUAUAUUUGAAAAUAUGUCUUUAAUUUAUAAAUUAUGAUCUUCCUGUUCAUCUUGUCUCUGGACAAUAGCAGGUACCUUAAAAUGCAUAUUAAUUUACAAUCUCACUGUUUUCUUUUUCUGCAUUUCCCUUUUGAUAAUAACUUGUAAAAUCAUGUGCACUAAUUAUAAUAAAAUACUGUAUAAAAUA